AUGAAAGAUCUCUUUAAGGGCACAUAUGAUCUUAAUGAAUUUGAGUUUUUAGAAAAUCAAGAAGGUGAAAUUAAGCUCCCUGACGAAAGUUUUAUAAAAUAUCAGAAACUUAAACAUCAGUAUUCUCAUACAUCACAUAAUAAACACUUAUCACUUUGUACCGUAUAUAAGAAUUACUUUGAGCAAAAAAUAGUAAAAGAUGAGUACAAUAAGACUGAAAAGACUGAAGAUGCUUUAGACUUAUUACAAUCAAAUUGUCUUGUAGUAUAUAAAGCAAAUUUUAAGAAUUUUUAUGGCUAUAUGUAUUUUAGUCAAAUUGAAUUUUUUGAAGCCAAUGAUAAAUUAAAUGCUAAUAUUGCUUUAAAAUAUGAACUAAAAACUGUUAAAAUGAUAAAAGAAGAAACUGUGUAUGAAAUAUAUAAUAAAAGGCUAUAUGAUAAUGAAGAUGAUCUAUAUAGUAAAGUUAGUGAAUAA